AUGGAUGUGAUAGAGCCAUCCGAAGCAUCUGCGCCCUUCUCGCGCCCCAGCAGCAGCAGCAGCAGCAGCAGCGACCCAACCGCCACUAACAGCAACACCAACACCAACACCAGCAGCAGCAGCAGCAGCAGCAGCAGCAGCAGCAGCAACAAGGAUUCAAUAUGGAUAGAGAAGUACAGACCUCAGACUUUAGAUGAUGUUGUUGGGAAUGAAGAAGUGCUGCAGCGACUGCGAAUAAUUGCCUUAGAAGGAAACAUGCCCCAUUUGCUUUUAGCUGCACUGCGCCGCAUAAUGGAGCAGCACAGCGAGACUACGCGGUUUGCCUUGGCUUGCAAUUCCUCAACUUCGGUUAUCGAACCUCUUCAGUCGCGCUGCGCUAUUCUUAGAUUUACUAAACUCACAGAUGCCCACCUGGUGCAACGACUCCGGGAGGUUUGCGCGAAAGAGAACGUCACGUUUACAGAUGAUGGUAUUGAAGCUAUUGUCUUCUCUGCUGACGGAGAUAUGCGCAGCGCACUGAACAAUUUACAGUCCACAGUCUCUGGCUUCGGCCUCGUCGAUAAAGCAAAUGUUGAAAAGGUGUGCGAUACACCCCCACCGGAGAUGCUUCGGCGCAUCCUGCAGCAGUGUGUUGCUGGCGAUUGGUAUGGGGCUCAAUCUGUUGCACGGGUGGUGUUGGGUUUGGGCUACACCCCGUUGGAUGUGGUGACGACUUUGCGCGGAGUCCUCCGAAGAGCAGACGGAGAGCUGCAAGAACAUCUGCUUCUUGAAUUCCUUGGGGUCGUAGGGAUGGCGCACAUGACUAUGGCUGGGGGUUUGUCUACCGAGCUGCAGAUGGAGUAG